GAACCCCAUGGGGACAGCGUCGGGGUUGAGGCCGCGCAGCCGGGCACGGCCUCCGAGCAGCUGCCGAUCUGCAGGGCGACAGAGCUGGCCUGCUGAGGGAUGCCCAAGAAGUUCCAGGGUGAGAACACCAAGUCGGCAGCAGCCCGGGCACGGAGGGCUGAGGCCAAGGCGGCAGCUGAUGCCAGGAAGCAGAAGGAGCUGGAGGAUGCCUACUGGAAGGACGAGGACAAACAUGUCAUGAGGAAGGAGCAGCGCAAGGAGGAGAAGGAGAAGCGGCGCCUGGAGCAGCUGGAGCGCAAGAAGGAGACGCAGCGCCUGCUGGAGGAGGAGGACUCUAAGCUCAAGGGUGGCAAGGCCCCCCGGGUAGUGGCCCCCGGCAAGGUUACCCGCGCCCAGAUUGAAGACACGCUGCGCCGUGACCAGCAGCACAGGGAGGCCCCGGACCCAGCCGAAAAACCCAGGAGCCAUCUGGAGGUGCCACUGGAGGAGAACGUGAACCGCCGCGUGCUGGAGGAGGGCAGCGUGGAGGCGCGCACCGUCGAGGACGCCAUCGCAGUGCUCAGUGUGGCUGAGGAGGCCGACCGGCACCCGGAGCGACGCAUGCGGGCAGCCUUCACCGCCUUUGAGGAGGCCCAGCUGCCACGGCUCAAGCAGGAGAACCCCAACAUGCGGCUGUCGCAGCUGAAGCAGCUGCUCAAGAAGGAGUGGCUGCGCUCUCCUGACAACCCCAUGAACCAGCGAGCGGUGCCCUUCAACACACCCAAGUGAGCCUGGAACUGGGAGGGCUUCCCCGCAACGGUCCAGGUCGCGACCCCACGUGCUCUCCUGCUGGAUCAGCUCUGAGGGGGGAUCACAGAGAGGCCCAGGGGCCCAAGCGCCUCUUCUAGGGGCUACGUGCCAUCAACGGCCACCCCUCCUCCUGCCACCGGGUCCCUGCUCUGAGUGACACCCCCACCCCCACGCGCGUGCGUGUAGAGCCCCAGGCUGCGCGCCCAAUAAAAGCGAUUGGCAAGGCUGCA